AAAUUCUCUCUCUCUCUCUCUUUUUUUUUUUUUACCCUUCCUCUGAAGGGCUCUCCUCUCUCCGGAUGCUUCUCUUGACAUGAAAGGCUCGUCUGGCAGGGGGAGGCAUGGCAUGAACUAGGACGCCCAGGCUGGAGAGUGACCUUGGAAGAUGUCGAACCAGAGCAACGGUGACACGAAACCCCCAUGUUUACCCCGGAAUGGACUAGUGAAGAUCCCCACCCAGGCCAAUGGACUUGGCUCCGCCAGCAUCACCAAAGGGACCCCAGCGAUGAAAAACCGCUUGUGCCAGCCUUCCUCUGUGCCUGCCAUCAUCAGCCCAGCCUUAGUGAAUCACAGUGACCUGGCCAUCACCAGCCUGGCCUCGCCGUUGUCCUUGGCUGCUCUGGCAGGGGUGCCAUCUCCUUCCGGAGCUUCUGUGGUGGGACUCAAAUCCAGCGAGACGUCCCCCUCCAAUGGGGAAGUGCCGUCCCUAGAGGGGCUCUCCAACUCCCCCACCGAGAGGCAGCUGGCGGUGGACGAGAAGAUCCUCAACCGCUUGUUUUUGUAUUUUUCCGCCUGCGAGAAGUGCGUCCUGGCCCAGGUGUGCAAAGCGUGGAGGAGGGUCUUGUACCAGCCCAAGUUCUGGGUGGGCCUGACGCCGGUGCUGCACGCCAAAGAGCUGUAUAACAUCCUGCCCGGUGGGGACAAGGAAUUUGUCAACCUCCAGGGCUUUGCCGUCAGGGGCUUCGACGGGUUCUGCCUGGUGGGCGUCUCUGACUUGGACAUUUGUGAGUUCAUUGAUAACUACCCCCUGUCCAAGAAAGGGGUGAAGUCCAUGAGCCUUAAGAGAUCAACCAUCACGGACGCAGGCCUGGAGGUGAUGCUGGAGCAGAUGCAAGGCGUGAUGCGGUUGGAACUUUCCGGGUGCAACGAUUUCACCGAGGCGGGGCUCUGGUCGAGCCUGAAUGCCCGUAUCACUUCCUUGAGCGUCAGCGACUGUAUCAACGUGGCCGACGACGCCAUUGCUGCCAUCUCUCAGCUGCUGCCCAACCUGACCGAGCUGAACCUUCAGGCCUACCACGUGACGGACACAGCCCUGGCCUACUUCACCGCCAAGCAGGGCUAUACCACUCACACUCUCCGCCUCAACUCCUGCUGGGAAAUCACAAACCAUGGGGUGGUGAACAUGGUUCACAGCCUCCCUAACCUGAGCGUGCUCAGCCUCUCCGGGUGCUCCAAGGUGACCGAUGACGGGGUGGAGCUGGUGGCCGAGAACCUCCGUAAACUCCGGAGCCUGGACCUCUCAUGGUGCCCUCGGAUCACAGACAUGGCCCUAGAGUACAUCGCUUGUGACCUCCAUAAGUUGGAGGAGCUGGUGCUUGAUAGGUGCGUACGGAUCACAGAUACCGGACUCAGUUACCUGUCCACCAUGUCAUCCCUUAGAAACCUAUACCUCCGCUGGUGCUGCCAGGUUCAGGAUUUUGGCCUGAAGCACCUUCUGGGCAUGAGAAGUUUACGCCUCUUGUCUCUUGCUGAGAAAUCCAUGCCAACCAGCCAUCGCUCAACUUCUCAAACUAUCCCUCUGCGUCGGCCAUCUUGAUCAACGAAACCGCCGCUUAGAGGCCUCGCUUCUCCACGCAAGCUCGGCCCAGGCUGGACGAGGGCAACUAGGGGCCUCGGCCGCCCGGUGACGAACUGGUCCCCGCCAUUUCUGAAGGAUGUACCUGGGCACAGGCUUCUUUCAUUUGUACGGGACUCACAAGCGAACUUGGUUUGAAGACCACGUUUCCUUCCUUUCUUUUCUUUUCCCUUUUCUAGUCACAAGUUGUUGCCAUAACAUCUUUGUAAAGCUUUAAACCGCCUUUUUGGGGACGACGUUUUACAGCUUCCUGCUCUGGGGGCCUCUCCUCCUCAUCCCACAGGGGUGCGUGAUUAUUGGGGUGGGGUGAGUGGACUGCGGCGGUAGUGGGGAGGGGGUCAGCUGUUGGCCGUCGGGAGCAGCAGCUGUGGUGUGACCAGUUGUUGUGCAACUUGAAUCCUCCCCCUGAAUCAGGUCUGGUGGGGUGGAGGCUUGGAUCAGCCAUGGUUUGAUGUCGGGGAAGCCAAACCUGGUUGUCCCUUUGAUCCGUUUCAGCCUUCUCAAUGCAUGGCUUCUUUGGAAAACUCUGGACACUGUUGCAAAGCAUCACCCACCCCAAUAUGUUCUCAAAUGUAAACAGGAGAACCACAUCCUAAAACUAGGAAGGGAUUUGCCUGCUUCCAUGAGGCAGGCCCACAAAUUUUGGGGAUCGGUACCAUCUCAUGUUCAUACUGAUUUGGGGCAACAUCUAUCCACCGCCCGCCCCCCCGAGAUGGAAGAGAGAUGAUAGUGUUGUUCCACUUACAGCUGUCUCUGUGUUGUGUUUAUCCCUACCCCGCAAACGAUUAGGGUAAAAAACGAUUAGGGUAAAAACGAUUAGGGUAAAAAGUCACUUUUGCAGUGAGGAAAGGGUUGGGGUCAGGGUUAGGCUGACGAACAAAUUGUUAUACUCUCUCCAUGGAGUAAUCUUUGGAGGACAUCCCUGCCACUUUUCAUUUCCGUUCCGAUGACAACAUCAAUCAAAUUGUAUAGUAGUUCUAGUGUUUUUAAACUUUUGCAAAGCUUUUAAAACACCAUUGCAAAUGUUAACGUUGCAGGCCCCAAUGGUCAGGAUCAUGAAAGCAAGGCAAAAGGCUGGAAGCUGAGAAUCUUGCAAAGCUAUCACCUCCUUUUCCUCUCUAGGGGGUAUAAGGUAAAGUGUGCCGUCAAGUCGAUUUCGACUCCUGGUGCCCACAGAGCCCUGUGGGGGUUUUUUUGGUAGAAUACAAGGGGUUUACCAUUGCCUCCUCCCAUGCAGUACGAGAGGAUGGCCUUUCAGCAUCUUCCUAUAUUGCUGCUGCCCGAUAUAGUCCCAGCGGGGGUUCAAACCAGCAGCCUUCUACUUGUUAGUCAAGCAUUUCACAGGAACACAGGAAGCUGCCAUAUACUGAGUCAGACCAUAGGUCCAUCUCUCUCAGUAUUGUCUACACAGACUGGCAACGGCUUCUCCAAGGUUGCAGGCAGGAGUCUCUCUCUCAGCCCUAUCUUGGAGAUGCCAGGGAAGGAACUUGGAGCCUAGAUGCUCUUCCCAGAGCAGCUCCAUCCCUUCCAGUUUCCCUUUCGUAUGCAACUAGGGUGGACCCUGCUUAGCUUAAGGGGACAAGUCAUGCUUGCUACCACAAGACCAGCUCUCUUCCCUCUUUCCCCGCUGCGCCACGUAAGGUGACCUUGUCAAAUGUCACCCUCCCCAGAUGACAAUAACAUCAUGUGAUGACUCGCCUUUAAGAAUGGACCAUCACAGAUCUAACGCUACCGAUAUCUCCUUAGCCCUUUUGAAUGGAAGCCAGGUCAGGCAUUCAGCUCCCCAACACCACAAGUACAAUAAUUGUGUGGGGAAAUCCGUCUAUAUGGGAGCAAGAAUGGAUGGUGGGUAUGGAUUGUGGUGUCGAGGACGUAUCCUGCGGCUUCCUGAGAGAGAAGGGGAGGGACCAUAGCUCUGUGGAAGAGCAUCUGCUUGGCAUGCAGAAGGUCCCAGGUUGAAUCCCCGGUCGCAUCUCCAGGUAGGGCAGGGGAAGACCCUUCUGAAAUCCUAAAGAGCUGCUGCCAGUCAGUGUAGGAUAUCAAUGUAGGCUGACAGUCAGCUGCUGCCAGUCAGCGUAGGCUAUACCAAACUUGUUGGAAUGAUGGUCUGACGUGGUAUGUGGCAGCUUCCUAUGUAACCGGUGAGAAUGCUGAUUCUCAGCCCUAACAAGAAAACACUCUGCACAUGCUCAGGGAUACACAUCUCUCUAGCAAGUCUGCAAGUACAGGCAAAAAAACAACACCCCCAUGCUCAGUUCAAGGACCAAACCAGACGAAAUGAGAAAUACGUCAUUGCAUUUGGGGGGGGCAUUUUUUUAAAAUAGUUACUGUGAGGUCAGUAGGGGAAACUGAUCUAGAUUGGGACCAUAGCAUAGAAAUAGGGAUUUUCUCUUUUCCCGCAUGCUGUGUUCUCAAUGAAAAUUCCCUCUGAAGCUAUUUACCCCAGAGUGGGGUAAAUAUGGGAGGUGAUUUUUGCCAGGGAAAUGGGGUGAAGAGAUAAUCCCCACUUCCUAUGUCCACUUUUUAGAAAUAAGUUCAAAAAGACAGAAAUGCAACAGCACAUUUCUUGGUUUGUCUAGUUGGCAAUUCCUAAUGCCUAACACAGAGAUUUUGGUUUUAGACCAAGGCUGCUCAACUUCGGCCCUCCUACAGAUGUUGGCCUACAACUCCCAGAGUCACUGCCUAUUGGCCACUGUGCCUGGGGAUUAUGGGAGUUGUAGUCCAAAAACAGCUGGGGGCGGGGCAAAGUUGAGCAAGCCCGUUUUAGACCCCGAUGCCCAAGCUGGGAAGGAGUCAUCACGAACAAGCUCCAGUCCAAAUGAAACAUUGUGAAUUGCUUCCUUGGCGCCUUUCCAAACACGGUGCAGUGAUAAAUGCAGGAUUUGCCAUUGAAAGUACCCUUAGAAUCACAGCCAAUUUGGGGCUCCCUAAGGAGCAUGCGUGUGUUCGUAAGCGGACUUGUGUCCUCACUUAUUCCGCACUUCCACAUUUGAAUGCACAUUGAAAACAUCUUAGGGCAGAGGUUCCCAAAAUUUAGGUCCCCAGAUGUUGCUGGACAUCAGUCGUUGGACAAUGUUGUUGGACAAUACUAGUACCAGAUGUUCUUGGACAAUACCACAUGUUGCACCAGAUGUUGUUGGACAAUCCCAGUUGCAGGGGAGCCACAGCAGGAGAGAGGGCAUGCACAUAUCUCUUGCCUGUGGGCUUCAAGUGGCAUCUGGUGGGCCAUUGUGCGAAACAGGAUGCUGGACUAGAUGGGCCUCCUUGGGCCUGAUCCUGCAGGGCUGUCCUUAUUUUCUUAACUCUUGUAAUUCAUGGGAUCAUGGGAGCUUGAAGCCCAGCAACAUCUGGGGACCCAAGUUCGAGAACCCUGUCUUAGGUGUGCUUCUGCAAAGAUGUUAAAGUGUGGAUUCGAUUGAACUUUCUUAUGAUCCGUGGACCGUGGCUGUUUAACAAUGUAAGAGCAGCUGGUGGGGAAAAAUACCUUCGCAUUUCGAUAAUAUCUUUUCCAAGGAAUAACUAUAAACAAAAGAAAAAAUGCACAAAAUAAAACCUCCGCACAUAUAGCAACUACAAGAAUUAUGGUAAUAUCCAAAUAUACAGUAUAACCAUCAGCGGCUCUUGUAUUGUUGAGACCAUCUCAGUUGACAUGGAUCCUCCAUUUUCGUUGCGUUUGGGCUUCACGGUGUCCAGAGUUUUCCAUGGGUCCCACGUGAGACUACCCUGGGGGAGGGAGGUGCGAGGAAGGUUGGGUGCGGGGGGCAGUGGUGCCGAAGAAGAAGCCAUUGAGCAGUGAGUGCCUUCCGAAUUGGUGCAUUUUGUUUUUCUUCUAAAGGAGAGGGGUGCUAUCAAGCUUGAUUCUUGGGACCAGAACUUGGCAAAGAUCACCUUGUCUUGCAGGAGUCAACUGUAUGAUUGGCCAGGGGGGUGGGUGGGGAUUGGGGUAAUGAAAGCACCUUGAGUUCUGAGCAGGAUAUGCUCUACCGGUAAUGAAAAUGGACAGAGUUAAUUUUUUCCCCCAGCACUCAAAGAUAGAAGUGGAUUGCAUGCUUCCUGGAAUGCUGAUCAUGUUAUUCUGGACUUUGGACCAGUUAUAAAAGUGGGUGGGAUUUGAGACUGAUAGCUCACCUCUGCUUUGAGCCUUAGGAAAGCAAACAACCUUUGCCUUCCCAUCCGCAGUAGGAAUGAGAAGUGCUUUGAACAGCCUAAAUGAACAGCUUGAAGGGUUCCCAGAUGAUGUUGGACUACAACUCCCAUCACACCCUGCCAUUGGGGUGUGUUGUGGUCUAAUAGCAUCUUGGUUUCCCAGAUGAUGGUGGACUACAACUCACAUCACCCCCAACCAUCAGGGCGUGCUGUAGUCCAACAGCAUCUGGGCACCCAAGUUAGAGAGACCCUGGCCUAAAUGCUAAGUGUGAUGGUGUUAGUCAAGACACAUUUUCUUCCAUUACAUUUUUCUCCGUUCCUCAGUUCCUCAUGUCUAGUUUCACUGCUGUAUUCUUAGGAAUAUCAUUCCAGAGAGAGGCUUCACCCAUUCUUUCUUUAAAAUCCCCCUCCAACAACAAUAAAAUUUGUUGGAAAUUUCUAAACAAAUUUCAAUAAAUAAAUAAAUCACUAGACAGUGCUUUCUGCAGUGGAGACCAUUGGUCUGACUCGGUAUAUGGCAGACCAUUGGCCCAUCUAGCUCAGUAUUGCCUACACAGACUGGUAGCGACUUCUCCCAGGUUGCAGACAGGAGUCUCUCUCAGCCCUAUCUUGGACAUGCUGCCAGGAAGGAAACUUGGAACCUUCUGCAUGCAAGCAUGCAGAUGUUCUUCCCAGAGUGGCUCCAUCCCCUAAGGGGAAGAUCUUGCAGUGCUCACACUUCUAGUCUCCCAUUCAUAUGCAACCAGGGCAGACCCUGCUUAGCAAAGGGGACACGUCAUGCUUGCUACCACAAGACCAGUUCCCCUUCCUGUCCUCCCCCUUAGCUGUCUUCACACAUUAUGUUCAGCACUCAUAUGAUCUGUGCACAGUGAAUGCAGGUACACGGAUACGUAUGGAGGUACAGCUAUUCACACGUUAUGUUGAAUGCAGGCACAACAAUAUGCUCCCCAUCUGUAUCCUGCAUUUGAAAGGUCUUUUACCCAGGUUCACUUUUAAAUUAAGGGCUGGCCCAUCCACUAGGCAGACAUAGACAGUUGCCUAGGACGCCAGUUCUUGGGGGGUGGGGAUGCCUAAACAGUGCCAAAAUAUAACACUGCCAAUUAUUCUUUCUCACCCUCUUGCAUUGUGCCCAUGAAGUACUGCACAGUGGUAUAAGAAUGUAAGGUGCAAUCCUGUACCCUUUCCCCUAAAUCCUGGACUUCCUGUACCCCCAAAUACACAGCCUUCUUGGCUCAUUGCAGCUAGGCUCACCAGCUGCACUCCGUCUCUUGAACAUGAAUUGCCUGCCUCCACAUUCAUUCAAGAAAUGGCCUCAGGCUAGACUUCCAAAUUAACAGGGACAUCUUUUCAUCUCUGAAGUGUUGGGAUAUUGCCCCAUACUAAACUGGGAACUCUCUCCCAAUAUAUCCCCAAACUAGUUCAGGCUAGGGGUGUGCACAAAACUGGAUUUGCUGUUUUUGGCCUGGUUGAGCUGGUCCCCUUUAUCAGAUUCCCCUUUACCAGUAUAGCUCCGAGCCGGCUCAGUUCGAACCGGUCCUGGUUCGGUUCAAACUCGGACCAGCAUCGGCCAGUCCAGUUCGAUCCCAAACCCGUUGAGCCAAGCUGGCUCAACAUCGAGCUUGGCUCGGACUGAGCCAGCUCACACACCCUUUAUGCAGACUAGUCAUUCGCUGGUCAUCCACACACAGGCUGGACAUCUGACCUUGUGAAUGAGCCGCUUGCAUGGCUCAAGUUGAAGUUGAGGCAUUGCACUUCUUGGCUGCGAGGGGCGCCAAAUUCAAACUUGGCCUAGGGCGCCAAACCCCAAGGGCUGACCCUGUUUGAACUGAACACAUAUAUACUCAUUCACACAAAAACAUAUACACAUUAACUGAAGAUACAGUCAUCUGAACACAGGUGCAACAUGAUGGGGCCAUUCUCACGUGUACCCUAACCCAGGCUAUGGGUUAGGGUGGGUGUGAGCACCGCAAUAUGUGAGGGGCAUUAUGGGAUACCCCGUGGCCGGGAUGCAUCACCCCGGCCUUCGGAACUCCAUGCUUCACCACACAGCGUGGAUCGUAUGGGAGCACGAUCCGUACUCCCAACAUUCCGGCGAUCAUCUGGGGGGGAGGUGAAUCGGAGAAGCCUCCCUGCACCACCCACCCGAUCAUGUGAAUGGCCCCAAUGUCUGAAUAGGGCUAUUCUUAUAUAGAAGAUAAUUGUAAUAGCACCACUGAGGUAAGCCACCUUGGGGGCAGCCCAAUGAACGGCAGGCCUGGCCCUUUAUUUCAAUCUCGUAAAACUAAGUAGAUCUGAAGGUCAAAAUGGGGCAAUACAAUAAUAUAGUCUGGCUUUCUGUCAUUGACAGGCCAGACACACUCCCUCCAGUUCAUAUUACAGCAAAUCCAUUAACAACUUUAUUAGUCUUUUGGCACUGACAUUGCUUUAAUGCCACAUUUGCUGAAGAGGCCUUAAUUGCUGCGAUAAUUUAGAGAGUAACCUUGAAGACGCUCUGGAAGUUCAGGGAAUGCAUGUAGAGCAAUUUAAAAAAAAAUAAAAAUCUCUGUCUCCCAUGCCACAAGUCGGAGACGAUGAGGGGAUUGCAGAGAAAUCCAUUUGACUUUGAGCAGGAAGGAAGGAAAGAAGGCAUUCCUUAGGGGGAAAUUAGUCUUUUAAAAUAGGGAAAGACCUUGGUGUUUUGAAACCAGAGGGAAUGAGUCCAGAAUCCAGAUUACACUCUCCUCCGCUCACACAGGAAUCAGCAUGGGGACCAAUCCACCAGAAUGUUCUCUUGCUUCUCUUGGAUGUCCUCAUGUUGUCCCAACUGUGCUGAUUUCUUCACAGGCCAUAUUUCCAAGCCUCUAUCCACACUGGUACAUCACCGUCCCUGUUUUGUUCUGAUGGUUACCUUUUGGGGACGCCAUGUUAAUGUUGUGUUAAGCUGUAGAAUCCAGAGGAAAGAGUUGUAGUGGUGGACAAGGCAGUGGAGUGGAAUCAGGAACAUUAAUAGCUUGAUGAAAUAGAUAUUUCAUAGAUGUGCAGAGAUGUACAGAGAGGCAAUUGCAGGCUGCUUUCCCAGGCUCUUGCUGCUGGCUUUUUGUUAGCCCCGCCUCUACUCCAGGUAGAGUAACUGAAGCCCCAUUCAAAAGCUGGCUUGGAUCGAGGAAUGGAUUCACCAAAAACAUCACACAGGCAUUGUGUGGUUCCCAGAUGUUGUUGGACUUCAACUUCCACAAUCCCUGGGGGCGGGGGCACGUUCAGGACUCAUACAUUUUGUUUUAUUCUAUCCGAAGCUUCUCUUACAUGUCCAGAGAUGCAAGUUAUUUAUUUAUUUAAAACGUGUAUGCCCUAUCCCUCCGGUUCACUAAUGCCUAGGGCGGCUCACGUUAAUUGUAUUAAUUGGUUAUUUGCGACUCAACACAUUAAUAAAAUAGAUGCAGCGUAAAACAAUCACACACUGAUAAACUUAAGCAAGUUAAAAGACCAAGCAAAAACCGCAUUCAAGUGUUACGCGUUUUAAAAGUUUGAUCCUAGAUGUGAAAGUUUAAAUCUUCGCCCCAUUAUCUCCUCAGCCUGUGAUUAAAAGUUACAAGUAAAAAAGUGAAAACUAAGAAGGGUUGGAGGGAACCUGCCUUGGAGGCUGGAGGUGGCCUUUAGCCCUCCAACUAGUAGCCAUUGAUAGAUCUCUCCUCCAUGAAGUUAUCCAAACCCCUCUUAAAGCCAUCCAGGAUGUUGGCUGUCACCACAUCUUGUGGCAGAGAGUUCCACAAAUUGAUUAUGCAUUGUGUGAAAAAGUACUUCUGUUUGUUGGUCCUAAAUUUCCUGGCAAUCAAUUUCAUGGGUGGGUGAAACAUUUCAAGCAGCGGGCUAAACAUUUAAAAGCCUCUUUAAAAAGAUGCAUCUUUAAGUGCUUAAAAAAACAACAACAACAACUGAGGGAGGGAACCUGGGAGCCUAUUAGCCACAGACUAACCCAGCUACACUUGCAUGGAAUUUAUCGGACAGAAAUCUAGCAGCCUCGCUUAUCACCAGAAUCACCUUAAGUUGCUUAUUUUUGUUGUGGUCAAAUUCUAGAUGUCAUUUCUGCAUAUUUCAACAACCGUUCCAGUGUUUCUAUACACAACAGCCAUGAAACCCGCCUGUGAGCCUCACCGAUUUAUUUAUUUCAUUUUUAUACCGCUUCUCUGUGCAACGGCACCACGUAGCAGUGGACAAUAAUAACACAGAUAAACACCAGUUCAAACGCCAUUUUAAAAUGCGGCAUCCUGAUCUGAGCGCAGCUUUCAACGAAUCCAGGAACUGCUUCGUAAAGGGCUGAUAGAGAUAAAUGAUAUAUAAAGUGUAAUAAUAUAAUGUAUAAUAAUUAUAUACUUAAUUAAUGAAUAUUUGGUGGUAUUAUAAUUAAUUAUAAUUAAGGGUUCUCAAACUUGGGUCCCUAGAUGUUCUUGGACUCCAGUUUCAGUCACCCCAGGAUGAUGGGAAUUGUAGUCCAACAACAUAUGGAACUUAGGUUGGAGAACCACUGAUAACGCAAUGCAAAAAGAUCACUACCUAUUCGAACACCCUGAGCAUAUACACAUAUGCUUGAAACAUACACACACACACUGUGUGUGUGUGUGUGUGUAUAUAUAUAUAUACACACACACACACACACACACAUAUAUAUAUAUAUGACUCCCUACCCAGAAAUAUAUGUAAUACACCUAAAAGCAGAAUACACUUUACAGAGAUGUGAAAGAGACAAUUCCCACCUGCUGCUUCAGACAUAAUGCCAAACUGAAAACAAGUAUGCCAGAGAUUCAGGCUUGUGGUCAUCUGAAUGCAUAAGCCCGCAGUUUCAUCACCAAGCUGUGGAUCAGUUUGCAACCCCAAACCUGAAUUGGAGCCUUUGGUUCCACUGAAACUUGAGGUCCAGAAGCGUCAUUGUGUCAUCCAAAUUCUGCCGCUGUGCAAAACCAGAGUUGAGGGUAGGAAGCUCCUUUCUCUGCCUCUCGAUUGGCUGUUGCGGCUUUCCGUCAUGCCAAGGAGGAAGCCCGCUCAGCCAGUUCCUCCCCACUUGCAGUCUCCCAGACUGCAGAUCAGCAUCGUCUGGGAGAAUGGUGGGAAGGGGAAUAAACCGCGGGUCCGUUGGACCCAUGGUUUGCCGUUAUGUGCAAAAGCGGCCUUUGUCUUUGAUCUCCUAACCAUGGUUAGGAAGUUAGGAAUACGGAGCACUCCACAGGCUUGCAAGCGUCUUCUCCCUCUCUUCUUUUCAGAGCUAACCGUAACAAGAGUGCUACAUCGGUGUGAGUACUGUAAACCAUGGUUUGCAAACUAGAAUUUCCAACGAUGGCUUGAAGCAGUUUUGCAAACCAUGGUUGAUGUUAAUCUCAGUGUAGACAUAAUGCUCCACCAUGGUUAGCUGCGAGGAAAGGGAGGAGAGAAUUUGAGCUCAGUAUGGGGAGCAGGUAGAAUGUGAAUGAGCCUGCAGGACACUCCUAAAUGUGUGUCCUAACCAUGGUUAAGAGGUAGGAAUGUUGCAUCUUAACUGGAUCUUGCAGUCAAGGAGCUGUACCAAACCUGAAUUUGAACCCAAACCAUUUCAGAGAGGGGUUUGUUUUUUUUAGUGAAAAACUGAACCUGAAAUCUCUUGGUAGCUUUGAACUUGAACUUGAAACCAAAUCCCUAAAGACAAGAAGUUCAAAAUAAGGUGGCUCAGCAAUCAGGCACUCAGCUUGCAAUUGGGAAAUUGUUUUAUUUCCCUAUAUUUUAUCCUGUCAUAUGCAUUUUGCUUGUGAACACCUUUGACACAUUUUUGAAAACAGUUUUUAAAAUAACAUAUAAUAUUCUUCUCAGGUUAAAUGGCUAUCAUAUUCAUUUUCCCAAGCAAAGGAAUCUGAUGCCAUUCUGUGUAAAAUGCAUUGAAACAGGUUCCAACCCAGUUCAAAUGUCUCUGAAGCAGUUCCUGAGCCACUUACAAAAGUUAGCAUCUGAACCAGAAUGGAAACCCAACAUGUUAACAGUUCAGCCCAAGGAAGGAGGACAGGCCAUACGAUGAAAAGUGGGGCUAGGAAACAGAAGAGACAGAGGCAGAAAAUUGUAUAGGCAAGGUCUGAGCAAAAAGAAAUGCUUUUAGCAUUGCAAUCAGCAAUACCUUGAACUAGAUAUGUGAAGACCUGGGGUGGGGGCGAGGGGGAGGAAAAACAGGGGGAAACGGGUGGGGUUUUGUUGUUGUUUUUCUGGGGGGAAAUGUGGUUCCCCACCCCCCAGAUCUUCACAUGUCUACCCUGAAUUAUUCCUGUUCCUUCUGGAACAAGCUGAGAAAAGUGACUCCAUUUCCUGCAAGAGUCCUAUCAGUAUCUUGGUCCAAGUUCCAGGUGCCCAUGAGACCUGUCAAAGAGCUUUCCAGUGGGUUAUGCCUGGUCUGCAUAGCACCCCUGCUUAAAAGUGUCCACUGGUCCACUCCAAAGUAUUAUUAAAGCUAUCGAAGCUGUGAUAUUUCAAAAUUGCUAUAAAAUGAGGAAAGAAAAAUAAAAAAAUUCUCGAAACCAUUUUCUUACUGUACAUACAGCCUCAUACUCCUGUAUAUUCUGAAGAUAUAACCUUAUAUUUGGUAAGUGUUUCUUGUGGUAUUUUAUCACGUGAUCUGUUUAUAAAAAUAUAUAUUAAACCAUUUUAAAAAAUACAA